GUGACGUUGGAUGUGUGGUGAAAGAGACACAGACUACCUACCGGUUCAAGCGAGAACAGCAGCUGUAACAGUAGCGAGAUUCGACUAGAGGAGAGAGAUGGCGAUGGAACCCUGAGGCGAUCGCAGGGAGAGCUCAUUUCUUGUAUCUCAGCGAGAUAUCUGACGAAAAUAGACGCAUUUCAUUCAAGCAACCAACCAUGAAUAGUAAAUCAUCAUAUUUGGACAAUGUGGUUGGGGUGGGUGACAUGGUACUAUUGGACCCCCUCACCGACGAGUCUCUACUUUCAAACCUCAAGGAACGAUUCAGCAAAAAUGAAAUCUACACCUACAUUGGGAGCGUUGUCAUUUCAGUCAACCCCUACAAGAUGCUUCCUAUCUAUGGACAGGAGAAGAUCAACGAAUACCGCAAUGCUAAUUUUUAUGAGUUGAGUCCUCACAUCUAUGCCAUUGCAGAUGAGGCGUACAGAUCGCUUCGAGACAGAGACAAGGACCAGUGUGUUCUCAUCACUGGGGAGAGUGGUUCAGGAAAAACAGAGGCCAGCAAACUUGUAAUGUCAUAUAUUGCUGCUGUUUGUGGAAAAGGAGAAGAGGUCAAUCAGGUUAAAGAGCAGCUUCUGCAAUCAAAUCCCAUAUUGGAAGCUUUCGGGAAUGCCAAGACCAUACGGAAUGAUAACUCCUCCAGAUUCGGAAAAUACAUGGACAUUGAAUUUGACUUCAAAGGCGAUCCACUGGGUGGAGUCAUCAGUAACUAUCUCCUGGAAAAGUCUCGUGUUGUCAAGCGUCUGAAAGGGGAGAGGAAUUUCCACAUCUUCUACCAACUGUUGGCAGGGGGGUCACCUGAGAUGCUGGAACGACUUAAGGUGCAAAGAGAUGGUAAUCAGUACGUUUACCUGAACUUGGACAAAACAUCACUGAACGGAGUCAAUGAUGCUGCCAACUUUGAUGUAGUUAAAAGCGCAAUGAAUGUCAUUGGGUUCACCAAAUCUGAAAUGGAUUCUAUCUGGGACACUGUUGCUGUCGUGCUUAAACUUGGCAACAUCACGCUGAAGGCAGAAUCUCUGUCAAGUGGGAUGGAUCAAUGCUACGUUGCCGAUAUCAAAGCACUCAGAGAAGUCUGCACUUUGAUUAACCUUGAUGAGGCUGUUUUGGAACAAGCUCUCUGCUCUCGGACUGUGCAAGCCAGGACUGAGAAAGUGAAGAAGGCAUUAACUGCUGCUCAGAGUUCCUAUGCACGUGAUGCUUUGGCAAAAAACCUCUAUGACCGCUUGUUUAACUGGUUGGUGAACCGAAUCAAUGAGAGCAUACAGGUGAAAGGCAAAGUGCAGAAGAAGGUGAUGGGAGUGCUGGAUAUUUAUGGAUUUGAGAUUUUUGAGAACAAUAGUUUUGAGCAGCUUGUUAUAAACUACUGCAAUGAGAAGCUGCAGCAACUCUUCAUCGAACUCACUCUGAAAGAGGAACAGGAGGAGUAUAUACGAGAGGGGAUUGAAUGGACGCAAGUUAAAUAUUUUGACAAUGCCAUUAUCUGUGACCUGAUCGAAAAUAAUCAAAAAGGCAUCUUGGCAAUGUUGGAUGAAGAAUGUCUCCGGCCUGGGACUGUCACUGAAAUGACAUUCCUCCAGAAGUUAAACCAGUUCUUUUCUGGCCAUCAGCAUUUCGAGAGCAAAGAGACCCAGAGCUCCAAGUUCAUCACUGAUUUAACACUGCCUGCCAACUGUUUUCGUGUGCAGCACUAUGCAGGAAAGGUAACGUACAAUUGUGCAGAAUUUAUAGACAAGAACAAUGACCUGCUGUACCGGGACAUCUCCAAGGCCAUGUGGCAGGCCAAGCACAAGCUAAUCAAGUCAUUUUUUUCUGAAGGGGACUCAAAGAUUACGUCGUUGAAGAGGCCACCAACAGCUGGCUUUCAGUUCAAGGCCUCUGUGAGUUACCUAAUGAAAAACCUCCAGGCUAAAAACCCCAACUACAUCAGAUGCAUCAAACCCAAUGACACAAAAUCACCAGUCAAAUUUGAGGAGCCCGUGGUGCAAAUGCAGAUCAAGUACCUGGGGCUUAUGGAGAAUGUGCGAGUGCGGCGGGCAGGGUAUGCGUAUCGUCACCACUACAAGCCCUGCUUGGAACGCUACAAAAUGCUUUGUAAACAGACGUGGCCAAACUGGAAAGGGAAUGACCGAGAUGGCAUAAAGACGCUUUUGAAUGAAUUAAAUAUACCCCAAGAGGAAUACACUUUUGGACGGACAAAGAUCUUUAUCAGAAAUCCACAGACCCUCUUUGACAUGGAGGAGCGACGGCGGAUUCAAAUGGGAUUCCUGGCUACCUUGAUUCAGAAGACUUAUCGUGGCUGGAAAUGCCGAAUACGCUUCCUCCUGAUGAAAAAAAGCCAGAUCAUCAUCGCUUCGUGGUUCAGGAGAUAUAACCAACAAAAGAAAUACAGAGAUAUGAAGAAAGCUGCCAUCGUAUUUCAAGCCUACACCAGGGGCUGGAAGGUUCGCAAACUCCAGAGACAGAUGAAAGAGGAGAAAAGUUAUGCUCGGGCAGUCACCGUCAUUGCAGCUGCCUGGCGAGGUUACCAGGUGCGGAAAACACACAGGAAAUACUUCAAAAGUAAUGCUUCAGUGAUUGUCCGGAGAUUCAUAAUGUCUUCAGUUAUCCAAUUGUACCUCCUUGGUCUGAAAAACAACCUGCCUUCGAUGUCUCCGACAGAUAAAAACUGGCCACAGUUGCGUUUUCACUUCUUGAGUAAAGCUGACGAGGAAUUGAAGAGGAUCUUUCACCUCUGGAAGUGUAAGAAAUACAGGGAAGGAAUCUCCAGCCAGAGGAAAGCAGAACUGGAAGAAAAACAGUAUGCCAGUGAGCUCUUCAAGGAUAAGAAAGCCUCCUACGCUCCCAGUGUGUCUCAGCCUUUCAUAGGCCAAUAUUUGGACAACCAGAAAAAGGCCAAGUAUCAGAAGCUAGCCAGCAGCUUGGAGGGCACAUUACUUAUGAUGGACACAGUAAUGAAAAUUAACAGAAGCGAUGCAAAGAAUUCCCCAAGGAUCCUGAUGAUGACAAACAGCUGCUUUGCCUUGGCAGACUCAAAGUCCCCUCAAAUUAAAACCAUGAUCAAAAUGAAUGAAAUCAAGGGCAUCUCAAUGAGUGAACGUAAAGAUGGACUAUUUGUGCUACAUCUAGUGGAGAAGUCUCGUGUUGGAGCUAAGGGAGAUUUCCUCUUAAGCAGUAACCAUCUUGUGGAACUCAUCACCAAACUGCAUCGCUCCAUACUGGAUACCACCCAGCAGGAGAUUACUGUGAAGAUACAGGAUGAACUCACUGUUAAAUUCAGUAAAGAUGCCGUCUCUGUGAAAUUUAUGAAGGGAACAGAUGAAAAUGGAAAUGGUCCGGUGUGCAAGAAGAAAAAUAGUCACCUUUUCGAGGUCCGUGUUCCUUGAUCAUCAUGGAACUAACCCAGUCGAGUGCCUCAGUACCUACCUCCAACGAUGGUUGUGGAAGAUUUGAGACACAAGGCCCUUAAGUGACAGUACUUUAAAACAAGCUUUAAAUAAUCAUUGCUUUACUGAUUACAAACUUGUGCAUACCAUGCAUUAAUUCAUAUGGAAAGUCAAAAAAAUUGCACAGACACACAGAAACAGUUUUGCAAUGUAUAAUUCACUUGUGACCAGAGACUGGGCUGCAAUAUUUUCACUCUUAAAAGUUUGACAACUGCUGUAAAUGCUGAUUUUAGCCAUUUCAAACCCAAUCAAAUAAGGAGCAUGAAAAGGCUGUACAUUCUAUGCUCGUAUUUUAGUUUGUACUGCGAAUUUCUUUCUCAGCAUCAGGUUGAACCUGUUUUUUUUUGUCUGUUUGUAAUUGGGAUGGUAAAACUAAAGCAAGCAAAAAAACAUUUCUCCCUCAAACGGAAUUAUUACAACAUAUACUUAACAGCCACUUUACUCGGAACAGGAACGGAACUCUGUGUGGUCUGUUGCUGUAGCCCAUCGACUUCGAGGUUCAAUGUGUUGUGCCUUUUCUGCAUACCACUCUUGUAAUACCUGGUUGGUUAUUUGAGUUUCUGUCACCUUCCUGUUGUGCGUAAAAAUCCCAGGAGAUCAGCAGUUUCUGAGAUACGCAACCCACUCCAUCUGGCACCAACAAAUAUUCAGUCAAAGUCACUGAGAUCACAUUUCUUCCCCAUUCUGAUGUUUGGUCCGAACGACAACUGAAUCUCUUGACCAUACUUGCGUGCUUUUAUCCAUUGAGUUGCUGCCACACGAUUGGCCGAUUAGAUAUUUGCAUUAACAAAGUGUACCUAAUGAGGUAGCCAUUGAGUGUAUAAACUCCCUUACUGAAUUUCAGAACUAGCUUUGUGUUUUGCUUUAGAUUUUUUAA